AUGUCUCUAUUUUCUUGUCAUUCUCUUUCUUUCUUUCUUUCUUUCUUUCUUUCUUUCUUUCUUUCUUUCUUUCUUUCUUCCUUCCUUUCUUUCUUUUCUCAUUCUAUUUCUUUUCUCUUUCCUCGCUCUUUAUCUGCCUUUAUCUCUCUUUUCUUUUUCUUUCUUUUUUUCUCUUUCUUGCUCUCUCUCUCUUCUCACUUUUUCCCUGUAAUCUUUCUCCCUCUCUCACCUCUCUCUAUUAAUUCUAUAUGUUUUCUUUUUCUCUCUGUUAAUAUCUCUUCUUUCUUCCUCUCACUUGGCUUUAUUUCUCUCUCUCUCUUUCUCUUUUUACUGUUUUCUUUCACUUCUCCCUCUUUCUCUCUCUCCCUCCCCUCUCUCCCUCUCUCUCUCUCUCUUUCUCUCUCUCUCUACUCUAUCUACACCUUUUUUCUCUGUUUCUAUUUUCUUUUUUUUCUUUUCUCUUUUGACUUCUUCUUAUCUCUCCCCCCCUCUCUUUCUUUUUAUUCUCUCUCUCUCUCUCUCUCUCUCCCACCCCCUCUCAUUAAUCCCUGCCAAAUCAACCAGAGCAUAACCAGGAGAAUAACUAUUUUCAAACAUUCAUGUCUCCAUUUUUUUUUCUUGUUUACAUGUUCCAUUUUAAAGGGAGACAACUAUUAUUUCAUGCACCCCCCAUCUUCUCGCCAUUUCGUGUCCUGCUCGUUAAUCGCAACGUCACGAGCCACCGAAGGGGAAAAUCUACGAAUCGUGAACUUUUACCCUGCUUUCUCCCAAAAUGACAAUAGCGCACGUCUCCUCUCUGUGAGUAGGCGGGGUGAGAAUGUCGGUUUAAGAGAGACGUGUUAA